CGAGGGCCCCGCCCCCUCCCGCCCCCUCCCCAGGGCCCGCGCAGGAUGCCCUCGGCCCCCAGCAGCCCCCCGGGAAGCCCUGAGCUCGACGCACCCCCUCUACGCCAUGUCCCCCCCUGGCUCGGCCGCGGGAGAGAGCGCCGGCGGCGGCGGCGGAGGUGGCGGCCCCGGGGUCCCGGAGGAGCCCACGGCGGCGGCGGCGGCGGCGGCGGCGGCGGACGAGGGCCCCGCCCGAGAGGAGCAGCGUCCCAUCCAGCCCUCUUUCACCAAGUCCCUCUGCCGUGAGUCCCACUGGAAGUGCCUGCUGCUCUCGCUGCUCAUGUACGGCUGUCUGGGGGCCGUGGCCUGGUGCCACGUGACCACGGUGACCCGCCUCACCUUCAGCAGCACCUACCAGGGCAACAGCCUCAUGUACCACGACAGCCCCUGCUCCAACGGCUAUGUCUACAUCCCCCUGGCCUUCCUACUCAUGCUGUACGCCGUCUACCUGGUAGAGUGUUGGCAUUGCCAAGCCCGCCAUGAGCUGCAGCACCGUGUUGAUGUGAGCAGCGUGCGGGAGCGUGUGGGCCGCAUGCAGCAGGCCACGCCCUGUAUCUGGUGGAAGGCCAUCAGCUACCACUAUGUCCGCCGCACCCGCCAGGUCACGCGAUACCGCAAUGGAGACGCCUACACCACCACCCAGGUCUACCAUGAGCGCGUCAACACGCACGUGGCGGAGGCCGAGUUCGACUACGCGCGCUGCGGCGUCCGCGACGUGUCCAAGGCGCUGGUGGGGCUGGAGGGCGCGCCGGCCACGCGCCUGCGCUUCACCAAGUGCUUCAGCUUCGCCAGCGUGGAGGCCGAGAACGCCUACCUGUGCCAGCGCGCGCGCUUCUUCGCCGAGAACGAGGGCCUGGACGACUACAUGGAGGCGCGCGAGGGCAUGCACCUCAAGAACGUGGACUUCCGCGAGUUCAUGGUGGCCUUCCCGGACCCGGCCCGGCCGCCGUGGUACGCCUGCUCUUCGGCCUUCUGGGCCGCGGCGCUGCUGACGCUGUCGUGGCCGCUGCGCGUGCUGGCCGAGUACCGCACGGCCUACGCGCACUACCACGUGGAGAAGCUCUUCGGCCUGGAGGGCCCGGGCUCGGCGAGCAGCGCGGGCGGCGGCCUGAGCCCCAGCGACGAGCUGCUGCCCCCGCUGACGCACCGCCUGCCGCGGGUCAACACGGUGGACAGCACGGAGCUCGAGUGGCACAUCCGCUCCAACCAGCAGCUGGUGCCAAGCUACUCCGAGGCGGUGCUCAUGGACCUGGCGGGGCUGGGGGCGCGCUGCGCGGGGGCGGCGGGCGGCGGGUACGCGCCCGCGUGCCGCUACGGCGGGGUGGGCGGCCCAGGCGCGGCGGGCGUGGCCCCGUACCGGCGCAGCUGCGAGCACUGCCAGCGCGCGGUCAGCAGCUCGUCCAUCUUCUCGCGCAGCGCGCUCAGCAUCUGCGCCAGCCCGCGGGCCGGCCCCGGGCCCGGUGGCGGCCCGGGCUGCGGGGGCAGCCGCUUCUCGCUCGGCCGCCUCUACGGCUCCCGACGCAGCUGCCUGUGGCGCAGCCGGAGCGGCAGUGUCAACGAGGCCAGCUGUCCUACAGAGCAGACGCGCCUGUCGAGCCAGGCCAGCAUGGGUGACGACGAGGACGACGACGAGGAGGAGGCCGGGCCGCCGCCACCCUACCACGACGCCCUCUACUUCCCGGUCCUCAUCGUGCACCGGCAGGAGGGGUGUCUGGGCCACAGCCACCGGCCGCUGCACCGCCACGGCUCCUGCGUAGAGACCUCACUGUGACCUCCGCCCCUCCCCCCCCGCCAGGCCCUCCGUCCUCCCUCCUGUCCCCCGUCGGACUGUGUCCCUGGCUUGUAGCAGGGGGUGUCGUGAUGGUGACUGAGGCUGUGCUGGGCGCGGCGCGGGGAGCCAGGAGGCGAGGGUGCGCGGGACGGACCCCGAUGGGGUCCGGACCCUCCGCCUUUCCUGUACAUAAAGAGACCGAUGGGUGGGAGGGGAUCGGCGGCUCUGGAGAAGCCCCAGCCCGGGCACAGUCGGCUCUUCCAGCCCGCCGCUCGGUUCUUAGGGGGACACCUCCCCUUCUUCCACGCAC